AAAUCGAAACCACAGAAAAAAAGAACACCCACAGAAAACCGUACCAAUCCCUGAAAAAAAUCUCCACCAAACCCCUUCUUCUCAGCCCCACAAAAACCCUAAACCCUCUUUUCUCCAAAACCCUAAUCCAAAUUCCUCAGCAAAAAUCCUAAACGGAAACGAAGAAAAAAAAUAAAACGAUGAGCUCUUUCACCAACACCAACAAUUUCGAUAACCUUUUACUGCAAACCCUAAUGGGAAGGCUUCAAAUCCGCCCCCCACCCAAUACCAUAACAAAUUCUUUCCUCACCCAAUCCCUCGAAGACCUUCUCCUCGACGCCGCCAACUUAUCGGACUCCGAUUCCGACGAUGCCGACAAAACCCAACUCGCCAAGGAAGAAUCCAAGCUCGAAAAAGAGAUCAUUCGGGUCAUCUUGUCGGGUAAAACCGACCCUUUGAAACCUAACUCCGGUCAAGCUGUUAACAUCAAUGACCAUCAUAUUUGCAUCACUUUUCACCAGGAGAAUGGGUCGGAUUAUAGAGUAUGGGAGUGGCAUGGUCAUAUAAUGUUGUUUGAUGAAGAGAAUGGGUAUAGUCCCGAAUAUAUUUACGGGAAUUACUUUGAGAGAUUGCAAGGGAAGACUGUUGUUAAUGAAGAGAAAGAAAAGGAGGCCGAAAAGGAGGAGGAGGAAGAGGAGAAAAUUGGGAAUUUAGGGUUGAGGGAGUUGAUUGAUGGAGGUGCCGAUUCGGGUUCGGGUCGGAUUCUUCAUAGGAAUAUCAAUGCUGGGUCUCCAAGGAUCUAGACUCGAAGUUUCCGUCCUUUUUCUCUGGGGGGUUUCGGGUUUCAAUAGGGGGAAGGCCAUCACUCAAUGGCUCACUCAGUUAAAAGAUUGAACAGAACACAACAGAACAGAACAUGUUUUCCUUUGUAUGAGGAGACCUAAUUAUUUUCAAGCAGUUCUUCUUUUAAAUUUUAAUUUUCAUUUAUGAGUUUACUAUAAUCUGUUAUUUACCUAUGUUACUUGGAAGUUAGAUAUAAAUGUGGUCUAUGAAUAUGUUUCCAAUA